CAUUUUCUUUUCUUGCCAAAAAGAAAAGAUGGCUAUGAGCUUGGCAAAUUGCAAACUCCUCGACCUCGAGCCAGCGAUGAAAAUUCUCAUAACCCAAUUAAUUAAAUAAAAAAUAUAUAAAACCCCAUUUUCAGUUACUAUACUUUGACAAAUUUUCAGGGUUUGAAGGGGUUUUCUCUUGCCUGCUUGUUUGAUGAGAAAUGCUGAGACGAAGAAAAUAAAAUGAGGAUUUUGAUUUACCGUGUUUUUUGUUUGCUCUUAUUUAGCAUAGUUGAUAUUGGAAUAUAAUUAGAAUUGAGGAUUUCUGGGUGUUAUUGCUAUGUCAGUAUAAUUGGUAAUGAGAAUUUUGUUCGUUUUGAAAUUUUUAAUGCUAAUUCUUUUCAAUAGCUUGGAUGAUUGAAAGUCGAGUGAUGCUUGCUUAUGCGAAUUUUAAUUUAUUAGAAAGAAAAGGAAUUGUGGGCUUGUUGAGUAAUUGGUGGUGAGUAUGUGAGCAGGACACUUGUUUUGGCCUUUUUUUUUUCUUUUGGAAUUGUGAUCGUAUAUGUGUAAAUGAUGACUUUGGGUUUGAUUCAUCUUUUUAUUCCUUUAUCAGGGGAAUUAUUUGAUUAAUGUCCUUUUUUAAAAGAACAAAAACUUUCCACAUUCAAUUGCAAAUAUGUACUGGAGUGGGGCUACAACUUCGACAACUGGGGGUGGAUCACCCACUGAUACUGGGAAUUUUGUUGUGACCUUGGAUCAAGUUCCACGGUGGACAGAUGCAGAGAAUAGAUUGUCACUUGGUUAUGAUAAUGAUGACCCUUCAUUUUCCAAUUCAUAUUUCUGUGAUCCUUUAACGUCUAUUAAUGAGGAAGAAAAUAGUGGCAAUGGGGUGGUGUCAAGGUUUCCAGUUGAUCAUGAAAUCAACUCAACAAUAUAUUUAUGGAGGGGAAAUCCAUGGAAUCUUGAGGUGGAUGCUGUUGUGAAUUCUACAAAUGAGAAUAUGGAUGAAGCACAGAGCAGUCCUGGUCUGCAUGCAGCAGCUGGAACUGGUCUUGCGGAAGAAUGUGCGACACUGGGUGGUUGUCGGACAGGGAUGGCUAAAGUUACCAAUGCAUAUGACCUCCCUGCUAGGAGAGUUAUACAUACAGUUGGUCCUAAGUAUGCAGUGAAAUAUCAUACUGCAGCGGAGAAUGCUUUGAGUCACUGCUACCGUUCUUGCCUCGAGCUUCUUAUUGAAAAUGGGCUUCAGAGCAUUGCUAUGGGCUGUAUAUAUACAGAGGCUAAAGGCUAUCCACGCGAAUCAGCUGCACAUGUGGCUAUAAGGACCGUACGGCGUCUUCUUGAGAAGCAUAAAGAUAAAAUAUCUGCUGUUGUCUUUUGUACAACCACAACAAUUGAUACUGAAAUAUAUAAGAGAUUGCUUCCACUUUACUUUCCUCGAGACAAACAUGAAGAGGAGGUGGCAAUUUUAAAGCUUCCAGCCGAUGUUGGGGAUGAGAAUGGUGAGACAAUAAUAGAUGAACGUAAAAUCAGAAUUAAGCCUUUACCCAAGAAAAUUGUUCCCAAACCUCCCCAAGUAGAAGUUGACCCUCCUGUCAGUGAUGUUGGCUUGGUACAAAGAAACUCGUCAUACUUGGAUUCAUAUUUGGAUCCAGCUUUCAUGUCAUUAAUUAAGGAUCCAGAUCAGAGGCGCAAGGAGCAAUGGGAAAAAACUGCUCAAGCCCAGAGUGGAUGGAACUUUGCUAAAAUGCUUGGAUUUGGUGAUCUUGGUGGUCCUCCACUGUCUAUUGCUGAAGAAUACUCUCUUCACUCCAGAUCCCUUGCUAAAGCAAAUUCUCUUAAUCUUUCUGAACUUGCAGAGAUGAAAAUUGUUUAUCGUGGUGGGGUAGACAGUGAGGGACGUCCUGUAAUGGUUGUUGUGGGAGCACAUUUUUUGCUGCGAUGUCUUGAUCUGGAUCGAUUUGUUCUUCAUGUUGUGAAGGAAUUUGAGCCCAUAAUACAGAAGCCUUACACCAUUGUAUAUUUCCAUUCUGCAGCAUCUUUACAGCUUCAACCAAACUUGGGAUGGAUGAGAAGAUUGCAACAAAUACUUGGUCGGAAACACCAGCGGAACCUGCAUGCAAUAUAUGUUCUCCAUCCUUCUUUUCAUCUGAGGGCCACAAUUUUUGCUCUGCAAUUAUUUGUUGAUGGUGUGACAUGGAAAAAAGUAGUAUAUGCUGAUAAGCUUCUACAGCUGUUCCGACAUGUUCCUCGGGAGCAACUGAGCAUUCCAGACUUUGUUUUCCAGCAUGAUUUAGAAGUAAAUGGUGGAAAGGGUCUUAUUGUGGAUCCCAGAACAAAAUAUGUGUAUCAUCGACCAUAGGGAUCACAUAUUACAGUUAGUUCUAUUCGGAUGACAAUCCAAAGUCCACUUCUUGUGGUUAAGUAGGUGUGUGUGCUGCAUUUGGCCUUAGUCUUGUACAAAUUGUAUCUGAAUUUUUUUAAUUUUUUAUUUAAUUUAUUGCAUUUGUUGAAUUGCUGUUAAAUGUGUACAUUGUUCUUUUUAAAAAAUAAUUUUGAGUUCUUGAGCCC